AUGUCUCCUUCCACAGAUGCCCCCAAACAAUUUAGCCAACCUUCCCGUAAGGGCAAAAAGGCGUGGCGUAAGAAUGUGGAUGUGACGGAGGUCCAGGAAGGUCUCCGGUUGUUGAAAGAUGAAGAGAUCAAAGGCGGUGUCCUAGCAGAGAAGCCGUCCGAAGAGCUAUUCACCGUCGAUACCACUGGUUCAACAGAAAUUCGCAAAGCAUUCGAGAAACAGCACAAGCCGCUGAAAUCUGAAGAAAUCAUUGCUCAGCGGUCGGUCAUCCCAGCGGUAGACACUCGCAAACGCAACAACUCCAAAGUGACAGACGGUGUUCUGGAACCGAAGACUAAGAAACACAAGAGCGACUGGGUUACCCGCAAGGAUUGGCUACGCUUAAAGCAGGUCGCUAAAGAGGGAAAGCCCACCAAGAAGGUUGCGGGAGGUGAAUUCUAUGAUCCUUGGGCGGAUGCUGAAGACCCAACACCUGUGGAGGAUCCGCAAUUUGAUUUCCUAGAGAAACCGAAGCCGAAGGUUGCGCCUGUAACGAUAAAGGAAGCCCCGAUUUCACUUGCUGCAAAUGGAAAAGCGAUCCCCGCUGUCCGCACACCGAACGCUGGCACAAGUUAUAAUCCAACCUUUGAGGACUGGGAUAGUCUUCUACAGGAACAAGGAGCCAAGGAGGUAGAGGCAGAGAAAAAGCGCCUGGAGGACGAACGUAAAGAAGAAGAAAGACAGCGUCUGGUUGCCGAGGCCAAGGAUGACGACGGCGAGGUUAAGUCGGACGAUGAAAGUGCCUGGGAAGGGUUCGAAAGCGAGUACGAGACCCCAGAUUGGCUGAAGAAGAAGCGUCCAGAGAGAAAGACGAAAGCGCAAAGAAACAAGAUCAACCGACGUAAGGAGGCUGAGAGGCAAGCAAAAUGGGAGGCUCAGAUGAAGAAGAAGGAAGACCAGGUUGAGCAGGCAGAAUCUAUUGCUGAGAAAAUGAAGCAGCAGGAGCUUGAGCGAGCUGAGUCUUCCGACUCUGAGGGAGAAGGUGAUGAUACUGUUUUGCGGCGAAAGCCCUUGGGUGGAAGGACAUACGCACCCGACCAAAAAUUGGAGGUUGUUCUACCAGAUGAACUGCAGGACUCGCUGCGCUUGCUUAAGCCAGAAGGAAAUCUGCUCGAUGACCGAUUCCGGACGUUAAUCGUUCAAGGAAAGUUGGAAUCUCGAAAGCCGGUUUCACAACCCAAGAAGGCAAAGAGAAAGCUGACGGAGAAAUGGGGUUACAAGGAUUUCAAGGUUCCAGGCCUAAUCAGAGCACAAUGCAAUAAGAUCCACCCGGCCAUUGGAAUGGACGCCAGAAACCUUUCCAGCAAUUGGAAGAAACUCCAGGAGACGCUGAAAAAGAAUCCCGCCUCCAGCUCUACAAAACGCAAGAUAUCUGAUCGGGAAGGCCAAAAUGGUUUGUUAAAGAAGCGAAAAACGGAGACAGUCGAAGGGAAAACCAAACUUGAACAAUCUCGUGUAUCGAAAAAGAGGAAGAGGAUGGCCGACAGCGCUGCUGAUGGAGGCAAGGAUGUCGUCCAGGAAACCGUUGUGAAAUCCAUCUCUCGGAAGAAUUCUACUACCUCGAUUGCGCCGCGACCUGAAGUGAAGAUUGCAAAGGUCAAUGAGGGCCGGUCACCGACUGCUGAACUAGGUAAAUAUGUUGCGAUGGACUGCGAGAUGGUGGGAGUCGGCCCUAAUCCCGACAACGACUCGGCUCUUGCGCGUGUCAGUAUUGUCAACUUCAAUGGCGAACAAGUGUAUGACUCCUUUGUACGGCCGAAAGAAAUGGUCACGGAUUGGCGAACGCAUGUGAGCGGCAUACUCCCGAAGCAUAUGGUGGAGGCCCGGUCCCUUGAACAAGUUCAAAAAGAUGUUGCCGAGAUUAUAGAUGGGCGAAUACUCGUUGGGCAUGCCUUGCGGAAUGACCUGGAUGCACUUCUUCUAAGCCAUCCCAAGCGCGACAUUAGAGACACUAGCAAACACCCACCGUAUCGGAAGAUUGCUGGAGGCGGUUCUCCCCGUUUGAAAAUGUUGGCUUCAGAAUUUCUAGGUCUGGAUAUUCAGAGCGGCGCUCAUUCUAGUGUGGAGGAUGCAAAAGCUACAAUGCUUUUAUACCGGCGAGAUAAAGAUGAAUUCGAGAAGGAACACCUGAAGAAAUGGCCGGUACGAGUAGUGGUUGAGAAGGAGAAUGGAGACGACCAGAAGAAAAAGAAGAAGAAGAAGAAGAAGACGCGCAAGAGGUGA